GCAGCUUUCCUUUGUUAACGUUCCAUGUGGUGUGACAGACGCCUCCGGGCCCUCUUCUCUUUUCUAUCCGGGACGGAUGGAUGGGAAGUGGGAGAUGUGGGAAGGAGGCGCUUCUCCUUAAUUUCCUGUCUUAAAUCACGUGGCUUUGGCCGGUUUCCAUGGCGAAGGCAAGGAGGUGGGGUUGAUGGGCGCUCUGGAGCAAGAACGCCUGGAAGACUUCAGUGUUUUCACUCUGUCCAUAGAGUGGAACAAAGGAAAUACCACAGCUGGAUCCUGACUCCUCUCUCUCUCUCUCUCUCUCUUCCCCUUUCUGCUUUGCUCUUCCCCGGAGGACGUGGAUAUGGAGUCCUUCCCGGUGGAAUUCCACGAUGUCCCUCUCUGUACGACCCCAGCGGCGCAGUCUGGUGGUCAGGAUCAAUAGGAGCCAGUCAUUUGCAGGAGUCAACUCCUCCCAGGACAAACCUUUCAGGAAUUUCCCUGCGUUCAGUACACCCACUGUCUCCAGGAAGUCUGGCUCCAGGGUCAGUAGGAUGUUUUCAAUGUCUCAUAAAUCCCCUCCACCCAAGGUGCCCCAGCCAGAGAGACUCGAUGAAGUGUACGAAGCACUGAAGAAAGGCCUGAGCGCUUACCUGGAGGUGCACCAGCAGGAACUGGAGAAGCUGAGCACCCAGAUCCGUGAAUCCAAGAGGAAUUCUCGCUUGGGCUUCCUCUAUGACCUUGACAAGCAAGUCAAGUCCAUUGAGCGUUUCUUGCGCCGUUUGGAGUUUCACGCUAGCAAGAUUGAUGAGCUCUACGAGGCGUAUUGCAUCCAGCGACGGCUCCGAGAUGGAGCUCACAACAUGGUCAAGGCCUACACAGCCGGUUCCCCUGGCAGCAAGGAGGCCCGGGAGAGCUUGGCUGAAGCUGGCAAGGGCUACAAGGAGUACACGGAAAAUAUGUGUCUGUUGGAGAGUGAAUUGGAGAGCCAGUUGGGAGAGUUCCAUAUCAAGAUGAAAGGAUUGGCUGGCUUUGCUAGGCUUUGUGCAGGCGACCAAUAUGAGAUCUUCAUGAGGUAUGGGCGCCAGCGAUGGAAACUACGGGGUCGCAUCGAAGCCAACAGCAAGCAAGUCUGGGAUAGUGAGGAGAUGAUCUUCUUGCCCCUUAUUACAGAAUUUCUGUCUAUCAAGGUGACGGAACUCAAGAGCUUGGCCAGCCAUGUAGUGGUGGGGAAUGUCUCUUGCGAGACCAAGGAUCUCUUUGCUGCCCUGCCCCAAGUGGUGGCAGUUGACAUCAAUGACCUAGGCACAAUCAAGCUAAGCCUGGAGGUCAAUUGGAAUCCGUUUGAUAAAGAGGACCAACCAUCUUCUGCCAGUACUGUGAACAAGACAUCAACAGUCAACAAGCGGUUCUCCACAUACAACCAGAGCCCUCCUGAUACCCCUUCCAUGAGAGAACAAGCCUUUUAUAACAUGCUGCGGCAGCAGGAGGAACUGGAGAACGGAGCAGCCUGGUCCAUCUCUUCGGAGUCGUCUGAUGACUCGUCCAGCCCCCAGCUGUCCGGAAGCGCCCGACAUUCGUUGCCCAGGCCUAUUGUGCAACCUGCAGUGCAGGCCACUGCGCCCGCCAUUGAAAUCGCUUUCACCCACCCCGAGGAGAAGGAGCCGGCAAUCCGAGAGGAGGCCUCCAUGGCCAACGGACACGUGCCCUAUGCCCGGACUCUUAGCCAGAUCAGUGAAGCAAGUGUAGACAUGCCCAUAGCAGAAGAGAGGGAGUGUCCUGUCCCCAAGGAGCCUGGCCCUUGGGUUGUCCCUCCCUUGGAAACGAACUCCUCGCCCCCAAGUGUGGGCUCGCAACUGGACACUCAGGUCUGUGAGGACGAAAAGCAAGAGGAUGAACCUGAUGCGGCUACCCCUGUUGGAGAGGAGAGUGGGGACCCUCCUGGUCCAGCCCCAGAGGUUCAACAGCCCAGGUCCUCCUUGGCCCUCCCAUCAGCCUUGGGACAGCUACAGCCAUCAGGGAUCUCAGAAGCACCAAGGCCCAAACCUGUGGACUCUGGCCUGGAGGAGGCCAUCAAUACACUGGCUUCUGCUCUGGAUGACUAUCGGGGCCAAUUCCCUGAGUUGCAGGUCCUGGAGCAGGAACUCAAGCAUCUUGAGGAGAUUCUCUUGCAAAAACAAGGGCUGUGCCUGAGCCGAGCCUCCAGUACCAGCUUGACGGUGGAACAUGCGCUCGAGAGUUUCAGCUUCCUUAAUGCUUCUGAAUCGGAAGACUCGGAAGGAGACGAUGACAAGGUGGCAAGCAAUGGCCAAGCUCCACCUGUGGGCAAAGUGCCAGGGACUGCUGACACGGCGGCUGAAGACUCUGCUGGGUGCCUGAGCUCGGAGGGCAGUUUGGAGCCCAUGACCACUGGCAACGAAUUCCUUGACAAGGCCCUGGUCCUGCACCUGAACCACUGCAACCGUUUGCUUCUAAAGCUGGGCAACUUUGGGCCUCUCCGCUGCCAGGAAAUGUACGCCCUUGACAGGCUGGGGAGAGACGUGCAGGUCCUAGAGAUGGCCAGUCGUCUGAUCGUGGACCGAGCCGGGAUGGCCGGCUCUGCUGAGGAAGUCGUACAGUUCUCAAAGCGGAAAGAAGGAGUUUUCUCUUUCUGGGACAGAGGUGUGGCCGUCCCUAACGUGUAUACCUGCUCCGUAGAAAUGUUCAUGCAGAACUUUAAGGCCGAGUAUGCAGCACGCAUCAAUGACCGUCAGCUAGGUUUGGCCGAUUCAGUGUGUGUAAAGCUGGUGGAAGAACUUAUGGGCCACAGGCUGCCCAGGCGUCAGGGGAGUUGUCAGGCCGAGCAAGUCACCCUCUUUCAAUAUUGGAGCCACUUUGAGGUCCUGCCUGCGGUUACACUGGACUCCUACAUCAUGGAGCUGGCUGAAGAAGUCCUGCUAGCACAGAACCUGAAUUCUGACGACCAAGACGUGGUCUUGAAGGCACUGAAGCGAGUUCCCGAGAGCCGGCUACGCAAGGAUGGACUGAAAGCUUUGAGUUUGCUUCUUGUGGAAGGAAACCCCAAAGUUAUUGGGGCUGUAACGGCACAAUUGCGCAACCUCUCAGAGAAUCCCAGUUUUCGGGAGCGGGCCCUUAUCUGCUUCCUGGAGCAGCUGGAAGAUGAAGAGACACAGACACGGGUGGCUGCCUGUGCAGCUCUGGGCUGCCUUAAGGCCAAGGAGAGCAUUGAACAGCUGGUAUAUCUGUGCCAAACUGACAAGGAAGCCGUGCGGGACGCCGCCAAACAGAGCCUUCUUAUGUGCGGGGACGAUGGCAAAUCAGCUCACCGAAGGCUAGAAGAAUCCCUGGACAAUUUGCCCCGGAUCUUUGCCCCAGGCAGCAUGGCCAGUACUGCAUUUUGAAGGAUGGCGGCCUCGAUCUCACCUGCUGAUCCUUUAUUGGGCACACGGACCUUGUAUGCCGACAGAACUUCAGCGGAGUCCUUCGAACCGAAGUCAACCCGGCCUCUGGCAGAGUGGGCAUCUCCAUCACCCGUGGGGCCAUGCCCACAGCAGUAUUAGGACCGCUGGCCUGCUGCCUUAGGUGGAGAAUGCCUUAGCUCGUUGGCUCCAGCAGCAGCAGCAGCAGCACGGAGGCGAUCCCUUCUGCGGUUUUCUUCCUCCUACAGAAUCUGGUGUUGAACUGGGCAUGUUAUUGUUAGCCAGGACCAAAAUAGAUCCCUCUCGACUUGGAUCUGCUGGAAAACAAACCAGCCACGGUAGGGCGGGGGGGGGGGGAAAUCAUCGGUUUGAGAUACACUCGGGAAGAUACACGUUCAAAGUCCAGCUUUAAUGUUUAACCUGUUCUAUUCUCCACUAUUCUCUCCACCCUGCGGGGGCUGUGAAUCUAGCAGGAAAUUGGGCCCAGCUAGAUUCUCUGUUAGGGCUUUGGAUAAAUUUGUAGGUUUCUCCUCUGGGAUUGCAAGGUGGAGAGAGGG